GAAAACGGUAAUGAUGAUCCUUCCAGCCAGUGGAUACUCCACCUACUAAGGCCCUCCCGCUCGUCGUGGUCCACCACGACGACGAGCAGCGCAUCAACAUCGCACCCUUCUAGCCAUGACGUCCACCAUCCCUUUCCCUACGCCAGGUACACCCAGCACAUCAUCCUCGUCGGGAAUCAUGUCCGAGUUGAAAACUGCCAACCUGAAACCUUCAGAACUGUGCAUGGUGACAUGUAAAAACCCCCUCACAUAUCAGGUCUGCGAUUUUGUAUACGAUAAUUCCCCAUCCACAAGCUUUCUGGAUACAGCUGAGCUCUUCUAUGAAACUCGUGCAGGUCAUUAUGAAAAUCCCCUGAUAACGGCCACUUCCCGCGCCCUCAUUGCUGAUAUUCACGCUCUCGUGCGCCAAUUUUCCAUAGUCGACAUCCCAAAGCCAUCCAAGAUACUCGGCGCGCUUCUCCCUUUCCGGGUCAAAGAUACCGCCAGCUCGGAUCCUUGGUUUCGUUUCCUGCGUAUCUGGUCAGAAAUCGAAGAAUUUAGCGAGAGCGAGAGCUUCGAUGGCCACAAAAAGAGCAUCGUCGAGCACACGCUCAACAUCCUGCUGUUUCCAGACUUGCAUAUGGGCUUUAAGAUGCCCAAGUCGCUCUCCCUGCGCGCGCCCGGGUCUACUAGUACGCCUGCAAGUGAGGCUGUACAUGAGCUCUCAGUAGUCGUCCCCACCCCCUCGCUUCCAGUUCCCGGUACACCAUUCGCGGUUCCAUCGCCACUGCACUUCCAGCUGCACGUCAUCACGCGCCUAAGUUUCAAUGAGCAAAAACAGAUCACGUAUCAUCGCGACGUAUGGGAUAUCCGCGAUGUGAUAGCGCUCGUACCUGGCAUGCGCAUCGCGCAGUGGAUCUUAGGGCGGGCCGGUGCGUGGGGGCUGAGCUGGGUGGGUAAGAGAUUGAGGUCCCAGCCACAUAGUGCAUCAUUGAUCACGUCUGCUGAUAGGAUAGUUUAGUUUAGUUUUAAUGUCCUUCCUACGACGUUGCCGUUCGUGAUGUUAAUAUUCGGUAUUUUCCUCAACUGUAGUCAUCCUCGCGCUUAAAUUGCGUUGUUUAGUUUCUGUCUUCAUAGCCUUAUACCGUAACCUAAUACCACGACUACUUCCCUGCAUCAAAUCAGUAUUUUACUUA